GGUCUCUCAUGUGGUUUGAAGUCGAUUUUCGAUUUUUUUUCACUUUUGUUUUCAGAUUUAUUUUUCGAUACUUUUGAAUCACAUUUUGGUUUUUUUUCGCCAUAAAUAAUGCAACGAAUCACUCAGAUUCUACAAUAUAGUCCAAAAAUAAGGAUUCAAUCAAUGAUUAGUAUUGUAUUGAAUUCGAAUCAAUGCUUGAACAAUGAAUCAUCAUCACAAUCAUUAUUGAAUUAUAAUAGUCGCCGUUUUGGUCGUCGAUAUCGACGUUGGUAUCAUUGGCCUAAUGAUUUUCUACCAUUUCAUUGGGAACGUGAAAAAUUGGAUCCACCAUAUCUACGUACGGGUGAUGCAGUUCGUGAUAUUGGUUUUUGGGAUCCACAGGAUCUAAUUCCCGGUGCACAAUAUUCGAAUGUAUUGAAAGAUGCACCAGAAAUUGUUCGACGACAAUUUUCUCUUGGAUUUGCCGAACGUGCAACAGUUGUCGCUCAUCAACGUGAUAAAAUUCUUGAUCUAGUUCGUCGUCAUCCAUUGGAUAAAAUGUCACCUGAAGUUAAAGUUGCUGAAUAUACGGUGAACAUUCGAAAUAAUUUACGUCAUUUCAUAAAGAUUGAUAAAUAUGAUGCAAAACGUAAAAUACAACAAGAAACAUUGAAAAAUCGUCGUGCAAAAUUGCUCAAUGAAAUUUACUAUCAGGAUCGUGAACGCUAUAAUCGUUUGAUUCGUUUAUUGGGCAUAACACAUGUUGUACCAAAAUUAGGUGAAAUUACUCAUAAACCAACACGUAAAGGUGAAAUUCGUCGUUUAACACGUGAAUAUUGUGAACGUAUUAAAGAACGAAAAUUGGAAGAAUAUCAUGCUGAAUUGAAAGAAAAACAAACUACAUUGGACGAUGAAAAACGUCGUAUUGAUGAAAUAAUACAAAAAGAUGGAAAAUAUUUAGGAAUUGUUAAUCAAGGACUAAACAACAACAAAUAAUUUCAAAGAAACAAAAAUACCCAUUUUUGUAAUAAUAUUCAUCAACAGAUGGA